UACAUACACUUCGCUGCUCGGUUCUGACUACACAAAAGAAUGAGAGGCAGCUGCUAAGUUCAACAUUCAAUGCCCAACUAGAAACCCUUUUAGUACUUCAGGAGAUAUGGAGAUCAGCACCAGUCAAAAUGGUAGUAGCAUCAUGUGGUUCUUCAGGGAUAGGGGUUUUGAUGAUAAAACCAUCAAUGAUAUGUUCAAAAGGUGCAAGCGUCUGCAGGGUGUUGAAAGAGAAAGAGCCUCUGAGAACUGGGCUUACUUGAAAAGCAUUGGUAUUCUAGAGAGAAAGCUCCCUCACGUUGUUUCUAAGUGCCCCAAAAUCCUUACUCUGGGUCUCAAUGAGAAGCUUGUACCCAUGGUUGAGUGCCUCACUACGCUAGGAACAAAACCCCGUGAAGUUGCUUCUGCCAUAACCAAAUUCCCUCAUAUACUCUCCCAUAGUGUCGAAGAGAAGCUCUGUCCACUUUUAGCUUUCUUUCAGGCUCUGGGAGUCCCUGAAAAGCAACUUGGAAGAAUGAUACUGCUCAAUCCGAGGCUCAUCAGCUACAGCAUUGAAUCUAAGCUCAAAGAAAAUGUGGACUUUCUAGCUAGUCUUGGCCUUGCCAAAGAUGGAAUGAUUGGUAAAGUCCUCGUGAAACAUCCAUUUAUGAUGGGUUAUAGCGUUGAUAAUAGGCUUCGACCUACUUCAGAGUUUUUGAAAUCGGUAGGACUGAAGGAGCUAGAUCUUCAAAUGGUAGCAGUGAAAUUCCCUGAAGUUUUGUGCAGAGAUGUGAACAAGAUUUUGAGACCCAAUUUUAAUUAUUUAAAGAGAUGUGGGUUUGAAGAUGGACAGAUAGCGGCUUUGGUGACUGCUUAUCCCCCCAUUCUUAUCAAGAGCAUCAAGAAUUCUUUAGAACCCAGGAUCAAGUUUUUGGUGGAGGUUAUGGGACGGCAAAUUGAUGAAGUUGCUGAUUGUCCUGACUUCUUUAGGCAUGGCUUGAAGAAGAGUCUUGAGCUGCGACACAAGCUUUUGAAACAAAAGAAUGUAGAUUGUAGCUUGAGUGAAAUGCUGAACUGUAAUGCAAAGAAGUUCCAAAUAAAGUUUGGUUUAAUUGCUUAAGUUGCUUUACGCGUGUCCAGUGGUUCCCAAUAUCCACGAUUUUGCAUACAAUAUCUCAGCUUCCAAAAUGAAGAUCUUUAUUUGCGCAUGGCCAAAAAAUUUUCUUAAGUUGACUAGGUGUACUUGGUACUUGCUAUAACAGUAAGACAUUUUGAACUUCACUGCUAUUUACUAGACCAAACCGUGUCCUUGUAUAGUUCCAAUUCAUUGAAUGUUUUACUUGGUGGAAAUCUUUUGCUUAAAGAAGUUAAAUGUUUGUAGCUUCCUUGUGACCAUUUCUUAGUUGUCUAGGA